GCUCAAGGCCCGCGAUAGAAGCUAUGCAAUAGCUUACCAAUCCGUAUUAUAUUAUCUCUCCAGUAGUGGAAACUUUCAAAUAUUAGUUGAAUAAAGUAUCUAUCAUAAGAUAUUUUUGUAUCAAGACUGUUAAAAUUUUUUAUGCUUAGUUCUUCAAGUCCAAGACACAUGAUAUGCUUCAAGGACUGGAACGGAGACAUGGUAAUGGAUGUGAUAAACAGUGCAUUGAAUUUAAAAUGCUGUCUCAGAGAUACUCAUGGAAAGCGAUUGAACAUUUUAGACAACUGCAAGAUAAUGAUACUCCAAGAGGUGAAUGAGCCAGUGUUGAACAUGGCUGUAUCGAAAGCUGCCAGUCUACUUGGAGCUGAUGCUGUCAAUAUUGUGGACAAGUUGAUGUGGGAAAAUGAUUAUAAUGGCAGGGUAUUUUCAUACAUGGCGGACGCGAUUUUCGUAGCAACCUCCACCCAUACUUGCCUGCAACGGUUCGCGCAACAAUCCUCGGUUCCUGUAAUGUGUAUGACGUCAAGGACCCACGCAAGCAUACAAGCUAUGGCCACGUUUAUGACUAUAAUAGAAGAAUAUGGAACCCUAAGGAGACAGAACAUCACGUAUUUUGGUUCACCACAUCCCGUUCUGAAUACAUACCUUCUGCUAUGUCCUAUGCUCGGAGCAAAUAUAAAAUUUAAAUGCUGUUGUGACAAACAACCAGUCAGUCCAUUGCUAUACAAGGCUGGUCAAUCCCUAUGUUCUGAAGUGAAUACUAAUCUUGAAGCAUGUGUGGACAAAAAACGUGCGUUAGAAAAAGCUAAUGUUAUCAUAGCAGGCCCAGAGAAUAAGAAAAAAGUCAGCGAGUUUAGGCUUACUACUGAAACAUAACUUGCAUGCCUAGUCGUACAGCGUCAUCAGAUUCCAAACUAUCAAAAGGGUGUGAAGUAUAUCAGAAAGAGCUCUGCGAAGCGGUUGAGAACAUGUGCGCGACUGUAGGAAAACUUACACAUCAGCUCAGAGACUUGUUGUACAAGAUAAGAGAAACUAACAAUUGCCCAAAUUGAUAUGAACUUAGAUUGAUAUGAAUAAAUCGUUUGCAAUCUGUACCUA